AUGCCCAUCUCUAUACCCCAAUUCCACCCGUGCGAUCUCAUCAACAACUACGAUCCCGGCCACCGCAGGAUAUAUGAGCUCGUCGUUCGCCAGGAGCCAAAGCAGGCCCGCAUGUGUGGUGUCGGAGGCAAAGCCGACCGCCGACCCAUAGAUCCACCGCCUAUCGUCCAGCUCCGCGUAAUCGACCCAGCAGCCCAGGGCGGGCCCUCCCAGAUCUCUCCCUCUCGUCGCAGGAGAAACAGCUCUACGGGCUCACCUCCCGGCUCGCCUACACCCAGUUCCAGCUCGACCGUCCGCCAGCACUCGGACGACAACGAAGGCGCAGCCUACGCCCAAUCAUUCCUCCAAAAUCCGUAUUAUUUCAUGUUUGCAAGUCUCGCUCGCCCGGAUGAUGACAAUGAAUUGCAUUGGCUAAAGGACGGCCGGACAAGGUGCACGACAGGUUCUGUCGUUUCAUCACUAUACCACUUGAAAGAUCCUCAACACAACAACGAAGAUGCGGGCUUCUUCGUUUUCCCUGAUCUAAGUGUGAGGACUGAAGGAAGCUACCGCCUCAAACUCAGUCUAUUCGAGGUCGUUGCGAAUAAUGUCCGGCACUGUAAAUCGAUCUACUCCGCACCAUUCUACGUGUACACUGCAAAAAAAUUCCCUGGAAUGGAGGAGUCAACACCACUAUCAUGUUCGCUGGCCGACCAAGGUAUCAAGAUCCGUAUACGCAAAGACAUCCGUGUGCGGAAGCGGCCGAAUCCACAGCUGACGCAGGUCGUGCCCAUGGACGUCACAUCGGACAACGACGACGACGACGACAUGCGUCCUCAGCCCAAACGACGCGAGUCCAAGCGGAGCCGAGUAGACGAUAUCAUCGAUCUCGGCGCGUCGACCCCGGGCGUUGGACCGCCCCCUGGUCUGGCGCCUGUGCCGCAACAGCAGCAGCAGCAGCAGCAGCAGCCCUGGCCGCCGGCUGCGUCUAGUAAUCCGGGUAUGGGCCCGACGAUCCCGCCGCCUGUUCCGCAAGGUAUUCCACCACCAAAAGCUGCGCAGGAGAUCCCGCCGCCUGGGAGUAUGAGCUCGACGCCUGCGCCGUUGCCUGGUCCCAGUGUGUUCGACGGGCGCGGCGGCGGGUUUAUGUCCGGUUACGAUACCCAGCAACAGCAACAACCACAGCAGCAGCAGCAGCCUGGGCAGCAACCGCAACCGCAGCAACCUAUUGCGCAACCCCAGCCGAUCCCUCAGGGCCCGCCGCCGAUGUACCGCGACCCAAGCCAACCGCCGCCACCACCCCAGCAGCAGCAGCAGCAGCUCCCGCCGCAUCAGCAGCACCCUCAGCAGUAUGCGCCUCAGCAGAUGCAGCCGCAACAGCAGCCGCAGCAGCAGCCGAUGCCUCCGCCCCCGCACGUCAUGCAGCCGCAUGCUAUGCACGGUGCCCCGCCGCCUCCCCCGCAGGGAUACGCGCCGUACCCGCAAUGGGCACCACCGCACCCACAACAGCCUGUUUAUGACCCUUACCACCACCAUCAUCAGCAACAGCAGCAACAGCAGCAGCAGCAGCAAGGCAUGCACCCGUACUACGCUGCUUAUCCCCAGCAGACGAUGCCGCCGCCGAUGCCGCCUCCGGGAAGGUACGAUUACCCUGGUGCAAUGUACGCGCAACAGCCGCCGCCGCAUCAAUAUGGGUAUUAUGAGCAACCACCGCCUCCACAGGCGCAUCCUCACCAUCAACAGAUGGGGCAGCCCCUCCCGCCUCCACCUCCACCUCAGCACCAGCAAGCGCCGCCGCCUCCACCACCACCGCACGCCAUGGCGCCCCCGCCACCCCAGUAUGCUACGCCUGCGCCGCCCGUCCCAGGUUCAGCCACGGCAAACUCGUCGCCUAGCACCAUCCCACCACCGCUCGCGCCUCCGAACGCGGCGUCUGUGCCUCCACCACCUCCUCCUCCCGCACCUGUACCUGUACCGGGAGCGUACGACUACGCCGCGUCGUAUCGCGCACCUACGGGCUCGCCGCAGCCGCGCGCGCCGUACCAUGGUCAAUACGCUCAGCCGCCUCCGCCUCCACCACCUCCGCACCCUUCGCAGGGGUAUGCGAUGCACCCUCCGCACCCACCGCAUCCGCCGCCGAUGCCGCCGAGGCAUAAUCCUUAUGCGCCCCCGCCGUAUGGGUAUGGGUAUCCGCCGCCGGUGCCGAAUCCGACGCCGCCCGUGCCUGGGCAGCAUCAGCAUCAGCAUCAGCCACAGCAGCAGCAGGUGCAGCAGGUACAGCAGCAACAGCCGGAGUGGGGUACGCCGGCGGCGGCUGGGGUUGGAGUGGGUGUUGGUAUGUUUGGGGUGCAGCAGGGACAGCAGCCUCAGCCGCAACAGCCACAACAACAACAGCAGCAGCAGGUGCAGGUGCAGGUGCAGCAGCAGCAGCAAGUACAGCAGCAGCAUUCGCCGUCUGCGCCGUCUGCGUCGCCUGCAGGUGGACUGGUGGGUGCUAUUGGGAGUCCCGGCGAUAGAAUCCAGCUCGCGCCUUUAUUGAGGAGUGGCGGGCAUGCAGGGGCAAACAGCAAUAAUAAUAGCAGUCCUGUGUUGGCAUCGGCGUCUGUUGCUCAAGGCGCGGGGGGUAAUAGCGCUGGAGCUAAGGAGUAG